UUGAACUUCGCCAAGCAGUCGAAGAACGUGUUAAACAAACGGAGCAACAGCUGCUGAUAAGCCACAGACAAAACAAGCAAUAAUCGAAAACGCAAUUUACUACACCCAAACAAUAAACAAAAGUCGUUCGAUUACGAUAUUACAACUGUCUUACAAAUUAACGGAAAAUUCCACAAUCAAGAUGUCUGCAUCACCCACCGCUCGUCAAGCAAUCUCGCAUGCUCUGCCCUUGGCCAUGUGCAAAACGAAGAAGGUUGUCGUCACUGAUCCCAUUCAAAUGCCCGAAGUCUACUCAUCCACACCCGGUGGCACCAUCUACUCCACGACACCUGGCGGCACCAAGUUGAUCUAUGAGCGCAACUUCAUGAAGAACCUGCGUGGUUCCCCAUUGAGCCAGACGCCUCCCAGCAAUAUUCCCAGUUGUCUGAUGCGUGGCACUCCCCGCACCCCUUUCCGCAAGUGUGUGCCAGUGCCCGCAGAGCUGGUUAAGAAGGCGACAGCAUCCCUUAAAAUUGAAGAUCAGGAGCAGUUCCAACUGGAGCUCUAAAAAUGAUAAGAAGCUUUUCCCAAUUCCGAGUAGCAACUGCCAAAACUCAUUUGAUUCAUUUAGCCAUAUCAAUCUAGUUGUAGUCCUUCGCAAUCUAAAUACUGAUCUUAUAUAAUGUUAGUUAUCUCAUUACUUAAUCAUAUUGAAUUCCCGUCUAGAGGCGAUUGUUUAGUUUUCAGUCAUAUUGACUGACUUUUUACUAAUUAUCAUUAAUCAUAUUUAAUUCAUAAGAAAGUUUUGCAAUAAACCUUAAAUAAUACUUGAAAUUCCAA